GGCAAGUAAGGCUCAGUCAUAAGUAGAAUGAAUUGAGACAGGCAGCCUGCCUGUGGCUAUUGAACGAAAUGUCUAGUGUUAGCUCAAAUUACAACCUGCUAGACAAACUUCCUGCAAAAUUCAAUUCAAUUGAAAACAAAGCUAGACUAUUUGUUAAAUAUGUAUAUGGGUCUAUAUGUGCAUAAAUAUUAUGCAAAUCACGUUGUUUCUCAGUGCUGACAUUGACAAGCUGUUUUCAAGUGGACGAUUUCCGCGUAUACUUCGCGAGUAAAUUGACCGAAUGACUUGUCUCGCUCGCUUGUGGACAGUGGACUUAUGUUAUACUAAAUGUUUGAGGAUAACAUUUAACGACAAUCAAAUUUAACUGAUCUAUCUGUUUGUACUGUUUAGUUUUGUCCUUGGUGAAAGUAAGUGUUCAUUCAACUUUAUCGGAUAUUUCACUGACGUAUUUGGCAUUUAGCCUCAUAUAUUUACUUAAGCAUAAAAGCCUUAUAGUCAUACAUGAAACGAUUAAUUUCUACUUGAAUAUUUGAAUGUAUCACUUCUGCCAAAGUAAAGACUAAAGUUUAUCUUUCGAUUUAUUUUUUCAUUACAGAGUCCGUAUAAGAGUGCUCUUAUGUGAGACUCAGUGUGCAGCUGCUUUGAUGUUGUUUAAUACUGAGUGUUGACAUGUCUACUGCCUUUGUUUGUGUAUAGCAACUGAGAAUAUCGAGCUAAAUGUCUGAACAGGUAUAACUAUUUAAUAUUUGGCUUUCGUUUUCGCGUGCUCCUUGUAUUCUUUACAUUGUAUCUUAAUUACACAAAAACUAUCUCACUCCUUCGACAGUUUAUUAAAUACAACAUCCACUGUUUAGCUUUUAAUCCUGAUGUCUUAUUUAUCCCACAUGUAAUUUAAUUAAGGGUGAUUAAUUUAAAGGAAAACCGUAUUCGUCUUUGCGCAUGCUUAUUGUUAAAAGAUGGCGGUCACAUGACAACUUCCAAACAAAGUUUGGGGGGUUCAAUAACAGCUGCCUACUGUCAGAAAGCAGAGGUCACACAACAAUGUUAGAUUGCUCUGAAUUGCUAGCAUUUCACGUAGUGACGUAGCACUAUCGUGGACAAUGUAGAUGCAGUAGCCUUGUAUUUGGAAGCGAGUAAGUCAGUAAAUUGGAGAGAUUCAGUAAAAUUUGCUUGCCCAUUCAUAGUAUUGCCUUGUGAUGCAAACUAAAACCCACCAACUGACAAAACUGAUCAACGUAUUUUGAACUCAUUAGGAAGCUUGUAGUCCCUCGAAGCUCUCGAAAAAUUCCUCUGACAUUCGUCUAUAUGAACGAGCACGACUACAGAGUUUUCAAAGUUUGCUUCAUGGCUCACUGGGGCGUGUGCGUUCGCCAGGAAAACAUCCUCGGGUGUUGCUCGAAGAUCUCCUAAAGGCCGAGGUAAUAAUAAUUCAGUCGAACUUUUCUAACACAGACACCAAACAGACAAAGCAAAGUGUUCAUGUUGGGAGGGGGAAUGGUGAGGUGUGGGGAGAAUAGUGGGGGCAGCGGAGAUGUGUGUUCAUGUUAAGUCUGGUUUCCAUGAGUCGUAACCAUUGGUCGUAACCUUUGCGAGUAUAUCAAGGCAGUGGGUUGUUGGUGAGUGCAAGUAUGCUUCUUCAUUCAGACUUCAGAUCCAGACUAUUUCACAUUGUCGAAUCCGACUUGGCCAUGGCAAUUACGACCAAAUGGAAACCCAACCCAGUGAACUAUAUACAUAUAUAGUAUAUACUAUAUACAUAUAUGUUACAUAGUUCAGUGACCCAACCUCGUACCCAGGCUAUUUUCUCUUAUUCUCGAAAGACCCUGGGUACGAGGAUGAUGGAAACCAGACUUUAGACAGGUGUCUGAAAGACGAUGUUCGACUGUAUUUAUAGCAUGGUCGAGUGUAUGGGUAACCAGUACUGUCUGCAACUAAUCAGCCCUAGAGAUUCAACGCCAUGUCGGACAAUAUAGGCACAGAAUACUACACAGAAGUCCAUCUCCAUUGUUUUUUGCGUAAGCGUUAUUCGUCAUGAUUCGUCACUCAGCAAGUACCGUAAACAGAAGCAGUCACCCCCCUGGACGUUCGCCAUUUUUAGUAUUUCCAGGAGGGGGACUGCUUCUGUUUACGGUACUUGCUGAGUGGCGAAUCAUGACGAAUCGCGCUUACGCUAAAAACAAUGGAGAUGGCCUUCUGUGUAGUAUUCUGUGAUAUAGGUGAAGGUAAAAGUACUAAACCAUCCGAGUUGGGGCUUACUGAGGAACCAUGUUUGAAAACAUAGCAUAGCUAAGGUGUAAGGUUUAGUUUUUGGUGAGGGAAAAGCCCAGAGUAUUACAUGAGUUUUCAGGCACAUCAAGUCAGAACAGGGCUACCCAUUAACGAACUAUUCCCUUCCCACAAUCUUCAGUCGCAGGUGACUUGACAGUGGUAAGGAACAAUGCGUUAACCCGUGCUCUUGUGGUAUUUUUUUCGUAUAUCUAUGAGUAUGUAACUCCAAGCAUGUAUUACCUUAUAAGGUAUUGUCAUCCCAGCUGGUGUUAGCCAUUGAAGAUCUUGUGAAAAGCCUUCUGGGAAUGCUGGACACAGGACACGAAAACGGGGAAGAUUAUGGGAUGUCGAGUACGACAGAGGAUGAGUCGAUAAAAAGUUUUCGAAGUGCGUUAGUACAGAGUGCCAAUACCCUGGAUGAAUUGACGAAAUUACAGAUAUCAGAAAAUGGCAAAGAGGUGAAGGAUGCACCAAAUAUUGAAAAUGGUACUUUGUUUGUAAAUAGUGCUUCGAUGGUAGACCAACAUGGCACCAAUGGUGAAGACGGAAGAAUUGAUAACAGGUACCAAAUAUUUUCAUGAAACAUUGUUGCCACCAAAUUCAGAUUGUGUUUCCUGUUUUGACAGCUUCGAAAAACAUGGGUAUUAAACUUUCAUCAAAGCAACUAAAAAUAGCGAAAAAUUAUAAAAGUAGUUCGACACUUGUCAUAGCCUUUAAAAUGCCGUUUCCACUUCAACCGUAUCGUACUAAAGUGCGUAUUUCGUUGUUUCCUGAGCAGUAGUGUGGAACUAAUGACUUUCCCACAAAAGAAAAUGCUUCGAUACGUUACGAUUGAAGUGAACAACGGCCUUUAACUUACUGUGCAAUUACAAUCUAACUACUUGAUAAUUCCGAAUUAACUCUACCGACAAAAGUCAAUUUUGCAAACUGGAUUUGCUUGUACUAGAGGCGGCCAUCCUGUACUGGACACUUGGGAAAUCCCCAAGGGUGACAGCUUCAUACAAUUUCGACUGUAUUUCAUUUCUAUAGACUUGACAAGAUUUUAUCCUACGGCAGUGACAGUACGACACCGGGUGAAAAAUCGUCGUCGUUUUCAGCAAGAGCAAGUGAGUUUGGUAGUACAUCUCCGUCCGAUGUGACUGCCUGCGAGGAUGACAUGAGUGGCGGGGAGGAGAACAGGAGGAAUUGUGAUGUGACCUUUUUACAGGAAGCUGUCAAAACGUUACGUAGUGAAAUUCAAGAGCUGCAGACAAAACAUGAAGUGCAGUUUAUGACGUUUGCUAGCAAAUUUGUAGAGCUUGAGCAAGGUUAGUUGAUUUCGACGCACAGUAGAACCUUUCCGAUACGGACACUGGAGCGACAAAACAAACUGUCCAUAUUAGAUCGAGAGGUGUUCGUAAAGAGUUUCGACCAUGCAGUGGUUUCGACGUAUUCCUUGUAACAGACGUUUCCAACCUCGUUCCAGUUGAUCUUUUAGUGGCGUCUUAGUUCUUUCCUUUCGUUGUCGAACAUUGAACUACUGAUUUGCGCCAUUGCGUUUUGACUUUUUCCUUUGGCUUUUUAUCGUUCCAUGUACGUCCAUUGCCUUUCCCAUCUUCUCUCCACCGUUCUCUUCCAUGUUUGUGCGCGAUCUUCCUCUUUUUCUCCUCUACGCAUCUCCAUUCAUUGGCAACUUUUUAUCACUGCCCCAUUCUCAAAACAUGUCCAUAGCAAGAAAGUCUUCUUUUCCUUAUCUUGUCGGUACGAAAAAUGAACGUGCUUUGUGAUUGUCGUGUUUAAACAAAAGUGAUCAGUGUUUAUGACUCAUUCUUUAGACUGAAAUUUAUUUUUUAGGUUUAUUGUGUUUCAUUGUUAUAAUCGCACAGAACCUUUAUAUAUGUUAGUGGCAACCCGGCAAAUAUUUGAGCAGAAUGCAUGCUCACACACCUCGUCACUCGUGACACGGUGUACCCAUGUAUCCGGCCACUCACAAUCAUUCCACAGGACUGAUUUAUGAUUAAUAAACGUGGUAGUAUGAAAAUUCAUUUUGUUUAUUUGUGUCUAUGCAGACGAUCAUCCGAAUAUGAGGAGGACUCUUGAAAGAAUAAUGCAGAAGCUUUCUCCCCAAGGUGAAGAACAACUUGAGUUUUUCAUAUCGUAAAGAUGUAUACAUGAUUUGUAAAUGCGAU